CAGGAAGACAUGGAAGAUUUUGAUGAACUUUUGAUCAAAGUUGCCAAACGAGUCCAACAAAACUCGGAAAUCGACACAUUAGGAAAAAAACUUGAAUUCCCUCCAGAAGAUGUUGGACGUUACAUAGCAACUAAUCACAAAACACAAAACAUUACUUGGGAUGGAACUCUUCAGAUGCUCCGGGAUUGGCGUAAAGGUCAAGAAAUUGCUAAAGAGAGAGAUAAUUUGGAGACUGCUCUGAAGAAAGCAGGUCAACUUCGUCUUGCUGAGGAACUCUUUCCUUCAAACACCAUGGAUCUUACUGGAGUGCGCAGGAAACCGAACGGUGAUGACCCUUCAUCGAACACCGCCCUCUCUCAAAAUGAAUUCUACGACAUUUAUCUCUGGGCAUCGUCUAAAGAUACAGACUAUUUUCGUAAAAUGAAAGAUUGUAUUCAUUCCAAUAGAUGGAAAAUGACAUCUUGUUUUGAUCAUAAGUUGGGUGAACUAGUGACGCAAAGCAUCGAAAAUGCUCUCUUGAAAUGCUCCCACAUGGUAUGUUUGAUCACAAAAGAUGACUGUAAAACAGACAACCUUCAACAGCUUAUGACAAUAGAGAUGGCGAUUCAGUCGCUUCCACGAACGACAGGAAAAGGAUUAGAAGGCCGGGUUAUUCCUAUCCGUUGUGACGUUCCAGAAUCUUUUCUUACUCCUAAACUGAAGGCAUUGACAGGAGCGAGUAUUAAAGAUCGCGACCUUGAAGAAAGACUAAGGAAAAGUAUUAAUACGAACAUCCGGAUGGAGAGAGAAGAAAAGGAGAAUGUCACAGGUUGCUAUGUGUGUCAACCUGAAAGAGAUGUAACAAGAAAGCGACGCUAUGUCAAAAUGUCUUCUGGUCGCCCGAGCACUACCAAAGACGACGAACAGAAACAACGUGAGCUAGAUGAGAUGAGGAAGAAGCUGAAUGAGAAACGGGCCAUGUUAGAGGAAACAAAGCAAAGACACAAGGUAGUUGAAUCGAAAAUUGAAGCCGUUUCAAAUUCAUCAAGUAAGCAUUUUCAAACGAUCCAUGGUGAUAUCCAGGAGACAUUGGACAAAACAUUACUAAAGUUAAAAGUUAAAGAAAGGGAAAAUAUAGAAUGCAUUAAUGAGAUAAACAAGGACGCAGAUAAGCAAAUAACAGACAUAAAUAAAAAGCGACAAAAAAGGAUAGAAGCUAAAAAGGUCGAGCUAGAACGGGAACGAAAAAUAAUCAAAGACAAUGAAGCCAAACUGUCAUCAUGUAUAACAGACAAAGAUGAAAUCAGGAAAAAAGUUUCCGAGAAGAUAAGCGAUGUUAAUAGUAAGAUUCAGGAUGCAAUAACGAAUAUUGAAUUCACCAUCACACGUAUAAACCAACAUGAUGAAACAUUGGUGAAUGAAGCUCCUCAAGUACUUGCAUCUAUUGAUGAAAAUUUAAGUUUGAAUGUUCAUCAAGAUGUUAGCGUCUGUCUUGACCGAAUACAGAGUGAAGUUGAGAGAGUGAAGUUUGUAGAGGGGGAAGUAGGUGGAAAAUACUAUGGUAGAAUUGAUGGGUAUAUCAGUAAUUGGGAACUUGUCAAGUCAAUUCACAUUCCAUCGGUUGUUAAUAAGCCGUAUGUGUGUGGUUUAGUCAGUGAUGAUGAGAUAUGUGUGCGAGACGUAGGUAACAAUGACAUGUAUAUUACAAACAUCAACACUCAACACACAGAGAAAGUCAUUGAUGGAGGUGUGUGGAUUACAUCAUGUGCGCCCAUAGACAGUAACGUAAUAGUAUGUGGUAAGGUGAGAGAUGAUUGCACGGGUGACAGGUUGGAUGGAUGCAUCACUCUCUAUGACAGACAAUUGAACGUGAUUAGAGACAUCAGCAUACCAAUGAAUAGAUACGGUUAUAAUAGUGUGUAUGUUGAUGUUGACAGGGAUGGGAUGAUCAUCGCUGCUCAGUACAAUCAGUCUAAUAUCUACGUCAUCAAUCCUGCUGAUGAUAAGAUAGUAAACACUAUUACGAUGCAGGGUAAGACGGUGAGGGGUGGGAUACAAGCCUUGUCAUCAGGUGAUAUCGUUGUGAAGACAGAUUAUAAUGAAUACACUGUCGUCUCACGAUCAGGAGAACGGAAGGCUGUCAUGCACUGUGAUGAGUACGAGUGGGGCUGGAGCUCAGAGUGUCUCGUUGACAAACUGACAGACACACUCUACAUCGCGUACGUGGAUACAGUGCGUAAUACCAUUGCAAUUGAUCAGGUGUCACGUGAUGGUAUCAUCCAGGCAAGGAGGAUCGUGGAAUACGUGAAAUCAGAUCGCACUAUAUUCAUGGGCCCUUGUCUCGUUACUCCUUCUGGUAACCUCGUAGGGUGUGAUGGAGACAAACUUCUUAUCUACAAGAAGACAUUAAUCUUGUAAAUAAUCUAGACUAUCAAAGGAAUCAUAUCGGAUUUGUAAGAGAAAUAUAGACCAGAGAUUUGUUUUCACUUUUACUUCCAUUUCAAUUUACGUCCUUCUAUCUCUAUAUGUACGUGACUACAUUCAUAUACACAUGGCCAUGGUGUGUAUAAUGUCGUAUCAAUCCAUAUCAAAUAGAAAACUGUCGCUAAUGUCCACUCCGUCUAGAUUUAGGUCUGUAAUGAAUGCACUCAGAUCCAAAUGAAUAGUUUACUCGAAACCUGAACAAAAUAAAUGCAAAAUGUGUUAACGAAUUGCCUACUUGAACCAGAUGGUUAUUGUAGAAAGUCUUUUAGAAUGGCUGAAUUCAGUAUUGAACGUGUUAAUAACUUAUUUCUGUGAAGUGAACCCGAUCAUUUACCAAACGACAUUUCGUUCAAUUUCAUUCGAUGUUAUUCUCCUAAUAGUGAUCGGGUUAUUCCUCGAUUAAAAUUGCUCUCAAUUUUAAGGUAUUUGAUUCGAAUCAAUUCAUCAGGACCCCAUUUCAUAAAAAAAAUGUUGGCUAUGAAAACAACUCUUGCUAAAAUGUCAAUUACCAUGACAACAAUAACGAUUCUGCUUCCUGAUUGGCUCAUCCAAUGAAAUUUGAUAUUCAAACUGGAGUUGUUAUCAUAGCCAGGUUUUAUGAAAUGGUACCCUGGUUGAUUUGAUUUUUUUUUAUUCUGUGGUAAAAAAAAAAGUGGGAAUGGGUCAAAACUGUAUGAAAUAGAAGUUUCGUAAUGUACACAACCCCCCCCCCCUCAUGAAGUUAGAUUAAAAUAAGAUAAAAUCUCGUAAAUAAUGGUGUUUAAUAGGGUUCUUGUUUAGUCUACAUUCAUAUGACAAUAUGAAGGGAAAGGGAUAAUGUUUCCCGUAUAAUUCUUUUUUUCGCCAAUUAAAUAUUCUCUAGUCAUGUAUAACAAAAUAGGUGAGAUUUUUCUCAAAUAUAUUUAGCACACGGUAUAUUCAUCAUAUUCCUGAAAGUAUUGCAUCAUAUUACUUAUUUCAAUCAGUUCAUUUUUCUUCGCUUGUACAACUUUUAUUUUAUCCUCAUAUCGCUUAAUAUUUUCAACAUAGAUUACUGAUUAAUUGUAUCCCUACACGAAUAAUAUCAUCUUACACAUUGGCUACCUGACUUUCAAAUCUUAAGUAACAAUGAUAUGGAAGUGAAACAUUUUUUAAAAAUAGGUAUUUGUGUCGACGUUCUGUAAUGAUGUGUUCGCAUUACUACGUUCAGUUAUGUUUAUCAACAUCAUGAAAUUAUGUCAAAUUAAUUUCAUUAUAAAGAUCAUAUGUCAAUAAAAAAAAAACACAUGAUAGGCUAGCGUACAAUGCUGUAAAUAAAUAAAACAGGAAUCUAUUUUGUUUAACAGACAGGAUUAGAUAAUUUGUCAAAUAUCUGCCCAUAAUGUAGCUUUUGUUCGUGGUUUCAUGAUAAUAUAAUAUAUAACUCGAUUCAAUCCAUUUGUUUAUUUUGUUUGCAUUUUAAAUUGUGUUUAGUGUGUAAACUGGAAGUCUAUUCCAGAGGCAUUAGCUAAAGUGAAUAUUUUUUUAGAUGAAAAUGGUUGUAUUCUUCUGAUCAUAAUUUAUUUACAUUGUAGUAAUCCUUAUACAUGUGCCCCCUAUAUCUCUCUCUUCAAGUUUACCCCGACAAAAAAUGAUUUGAAUAAAAAGAGAAAAAUCCAACAAGCAUAACACUGAAAAUUUCAUCAAAAUCGGAAUAAAAUGUAAAAUAAGAAAGUUAUGACAUUUUAAAGUUUCGCUUAAUUUCACAUAACAGUUAUAUGCACAUCCGGGUCGGUAUGCAAAUGAGGAGACUGGUGAUGUCAUCCACUCACUAUUUAUUUUGUAUUUUAUUAUAUGAGAUAUGAAAUAUUCUAAUUUUCUCCUAAUAGUCAAGUGAAACAGUGAUUAAUUCCUCACUGAACAUGUGGAAUUAGCAUUGUUAAUACUAUAUGGUUCAGUCAAGUCUGUCCCUAUGGUUAAAUCUGUGAAAAUGAAAUAUUGUAUAAUUCAAACAAUAAAAAACAAAAGAAAUAGUGAGUGAUGGACAUCAUCAACUGACUCACCUAGUUGUGCAUAUCACUUUUUUGUGAAAAAUAAGCGAAACUUUAAAAUGCCAUAACUUUCUUGUUUUACAUCUGGGUUUGAUAACAUUUUCAGUGUUAUGCUAGGUUGAUUUAACUCUACAUAUUCAAAUCAAUAUUUUGCUGGGGUGGACUUGACCUUUAACCCCCAAAUUAGCCCUUUUACUGUAUAAUACGACAUGGGUAUCCAUGUUGCUGUAAUAAGUUGUAUAUAAAUCGUUAUUGUUCAAGGUGUGUUGUUUUAAGGUAGGAGUAUAUCA